CAUGAUGCGUGUCUUUUUCCGCGAAAUUCCUUUUUUCCAAACGGCAUUUGCGCCAUCUGAAAACUAGAAACAGUCCGCCGCCCCGUGGUUUGAUUUGCUCACCUCUGGCUAACGCAAGACCGAUUUCGUUACUCACCUCGCUAGCCCACCGUAGCCUUCAAGCCAGUGAAGAUCAAACUAGAUCCUCUCACUGUCAAAAGCAACUCAUCAAAAGCUUUCUCUAUCUUCUAACGAUCAUGACGGACUCGCCGUUUCGUUACGAUGAAGCUCUGCUACGAGCUUGUGCCUCAUCCAACCCAGAGUCACAAACCGCAUCCUUGAACGAUCCGCACACAGUUUCUCAGACACUGUCCGCCGCCGAUACUUCCUUCCUCCUACGACUCGAGGAGGAUACGAUUCGCAGUACCGCCAAAAGUGCGAAGGACUGCUGCAUCGUGUUGUUCCGUCAGCACGCCGAACAUUACGGCAGAAGGAUUCCGCUUGGAGGCACUCGAGCGAUGACUGACGACUACAACGUGUUCCAACGCUUUCAAAACUUUGUACAGAAUGUUGUCUUUGUCCAUGAACACAACACCGAGGCUUGUCGACAUCCGGAGCAGCACACAGUUACUUUGAAUCGCUUUUCCGAUCAAAAGAUGGAUGAAGUCCUUCCGGACAGCGACAGCGACGCUGGACAUGUUUGGCCUCAUGGGCGCUCCUUGUGGGAAUCUUGGCCCUUCUCAGAAGAUGGGGACGAAUGGAACUUGGAAAAUGAAGGUGUGCUGACCCAUUUAUCGUCUCCAGAAAUGAUAUACGACGUUUCGGCCAACUUGGCGAUCGGGCACGGCUCCAUGAAUCGCCUGAAACCGAAAAAGAAAAAGACUACAGUUCAAGAUGGACCGUCUCAAGUGUUGCGUAUACCGGUAAACGAUCCUGUACAACUCCAACCAUUUCAGGUAUUGGAGGGGUACGAUUCGGACAAUGAUGGCGCAUUACUAUCAAUAAAAAUGUCCAAGCACUACAAACGAUCCAAGGCUGCUGUAGUCGAUCAGACAGAAGAGGAAAAGACGGAUGACUAUGGAACUUACUUAAACUGGGCAACAGGGUCCAAUCCUGAUGGUGUUCCAAUCGUUCACGGAGCGUUUGACCAGGGCCUUUGUGGGUCGUGCUGGGCAUUUGCCGCCGCGGGUUCCUUGGAAGCAAGCGCUUCGCGAAGAGCGGCGUAUGAUGCUUACAAAGGAUACCAAACCACCUUUUUUCGACAGCCUAGCAACGAAACAGCUCGAACUCGCGCCAUUGCGUACGCUCAGCAGAUUGAGUUGGAAGCUUUUCAAAUGCUCAAUCUUUCCGUCCAGGAGUUGUUGGACUGUGAUGUUGCGGCUGAUCAAGGGUGUACUGGUGGUAAUCCCUUGCUUUCGUUUUACUAUAUCCAUAAGUAUGGCCUCACCAGUUGGCAGGAUUAUCCGUACGUUGGAUUCCAAGACGUCUGCCACAAAGAUCGGGUCAAGCGCCCGGUAGCGACGGUGAAAUCUUGGGGUAUUAUAUCUUCAAAUCAUGAGGAUCAUAUGGAACUUGUGCUGCGCUUCAUUGGGCCCGUAGCUGUGGGCGUUAACGGUGCAAGCUCUUCGUUUCUCUCUUAUAAAGGUGGUGUAUACGAUAUGCCGAGUUGCAAACAGACUGCCAAUCACGCGUUAUUAAUUGUUGGAUAUGGACAGGAAGUCCAGAUAGGUGGAAAUGUUACGAGAUACUGGAUCGCGAGGAAUUCGUGGGGGACUGGAUGGGGGGAAAACGGGUACAUCCGAGUUCAACGCGGAGAUGGACGCAAAGGAACCCCGGGAGUUUGUGGUAUAGCGCGGAGCCCGUCUGUUGCUCUAGGAGGGCUUCUUUUGAAGGAACGGAGCAUCACUUUUACGUAUGGGGCCCUGGGUCGGAGUGGUGAAGGUAGCGACUAUCCAGUACAACAUUUCUGCACGCGAUGGGGGUUCGAUCCAGAAAGUUUGUGCGGAAGCUUGGCCACUUGGGUUGAUCUUCACAAAGCGACCACGCUUGGUCUGUUGGGUAUAUUCGUUGGGCUUUUGGCGCUUUGGCCGCUUUCCACUGAUUGCCGUAGGCGUCGUCGUAGACGGCUGUUGCGGGAGCAGAAGCGACAAGAACAGCUGGAUCAAACUUGUCUGCCGAUCGAAGAAGCCUCGCUACUAGUCAAAUCAAAGACACAUUAUGCCAAUCACAAGGAGUACGGCGCAGCAAAUCAGCCAUAGUGAAUUCGGUUUUGCAACAUUUGGUUGCACUAUUUAUUUCCGGCUUUUCGACAACAGAAUAAUUACUUUGGUUGCCAGCCUUUUCAGAAAGGAAUCUUUACCUCGAAUGAGAUGAAUUACAGUUGGGGUCUGAGCUGGGUCAUUUUUGGUGAACGAGUUGUAAAGUGAACUACCUGUUGGGUAUCGCUCGGUUUAAGAACAGAUUGAUACGCUCGUGAAAACGAGCGGCGCGUGUAUAGGAUUCGACCCCCAUACGUUUCGGAUCGAGAGAAAUAAUUUGUGCAUAUUUUUUUCUCCUUCCCUGUUCUUUCUGAAUGUUCUAUACUGUCGUAAGUCCAAAGCGCCUAUAGCCAGAACAUACGCGUAGGGUUCAAUUUGCUUUCCUGCCUAAAAUUAAGUUCUGGCGUUUGUCAUUGUUC